AUGUCUUAAAAAUCAAAAACCCUAUUACAACUACUUCAGCAACAAUAGCAUUUCCAUGAUGAUAUCAACACAUCCUUAGAGUCUAAUUACAGACAUAGCUCAGAACACACAGAAAAGAAGUUUGAUCUCAAAUUACAAAAAUCCAUACUCGAUCUCUAUUCUCAAAUUAAAAGCAAUAUCCUUAAAACUGAAGAUCACGUACAAAUCCUAAUCCCAAUUAGUUGCUACUAUGUCAAAUAAGAAAGUUAGUCCCUUUGGACAAGUUAGAAGAUCUUUACACAGAUCCAAAUAGUUUGAUUUGUUAUAUUGGAUGUAUUUUCACAGUUCUGAUGCAAGAUAAAGUAUUUUUUAAAUCCUAUUAGUUAAAUUUAGAAUAAUAAGUAGAAGAACAAAAAAAUAGAGAUCAAAGUGAUUAUGAAGAGCAACUAAUUAAACUCGAAGCAGAAAUCAGAUAACACAUAAGAGUAAUCUUGAAUACCUAUAUUAGAUUGAAUAAUAAUUGAAAUUAUUUGCAGAAAACACUCAAUCCAAAUUGGAAGAUGCUUUAAAAAUAAAAGAAGACUUGGAAGAAGAAUUGUUAGCAAUCAAAAGCGAUUUCUAAGUCUUAUAUGAAAAGAACAAUACCUUGAAUCAAAAACUCAGAACUUAAGAAAAAGAAAUUUAGAUUAUUAAAAAUAAUAAUACUAUUGAAACUACGAAUCAAUCUCUUAAAACCAAUUAAAACAAUCAAAAAAAUAUAUCUAAAAAAGAGAAUAUUGAAAAUGAACAUCCAAAAUAACAAUAAAUUACAAUAAAUUUAUAAAUAGAUAAAUAAAAACCUCCUCUUUAAGACCAUGUAUUAUUUGUAAUAAAUUUAAUAGUAAGAUAGACUCCAAACUGAUCCAUAAGAUGAUUACUUUAAACCCAGAAAUGACUCCCAUAAAAGAAUCAUUUCAACCCAUGUAGCCAAUACUUAAAAUAAUAAUAAAUCAACUUAUUUGCCUACCAGAAUACAAACAGAAUCAUGUGAAUAUUAAGAUAGGAAGAGAAAACAUAAUUUAUCUCAAUAUGAAACUUCAAAUGCCACUAAACAUUAAAGAAAUAAAACAGCUUAAAAUGUUUUGAAUCUAAUAAGUAUUUAAUAUUCUCAUUACAGAAGAUUAGGAACUUAAACGACAGUAAUCAGUAAAAGCAUGUUAAGAUAAACCUUAAUGUAAUCAAAACAAAGCAAUUAAGAAACCUUCAAAUUCACAACAUCAACAUGCUGAACCUAACCGAUCCAAUAAUUCUGUUCACAGUUUUCGUAAAUAACCUCCAGAAGUAAGUCAAAUUCCUAGACCUUUUUCAUGCGCUGAACAAAUUGAAGAAUCACAUAAUUCUGUAACUUGAUUGUUUAUCUUAGUUCUAAAAGGAUCUAAGUAUGGAUAUGGGUAAUUAUUAGAAACAAAGUGGAGAGUAUCCAGAUAAAUAACAACAAAUAAAAAAACUAUUGCAAUAAUAUCAAUAGAAACAUUGUCUAAAUGACACUUUAACCAAAAAAUUACUCUAAGAAUACAAAAAAAGAUAAGGCUACAAUUGCAAGACAAUAUAUUGA